AUGAAGCUGUUCAAGGGCAGAAAUUUACCGUUUGCAAUGAAUAUUGAAAACAUUCGAGUCUUUGAUAACCAAGAAAACGACGAAUUCUCCGAUAUGGGGGACGUUAAAAUAUCGUACAAUUUGAAUUGUAUUUUAGUGAGCCGAUGUAACCAAUCGAGAAUUGAUAUUUUUGAUUUACAAACUAAAGCCUUUAAAUACUUUCUCUUGACACCGACCUCCACACCUAGAUUUAUGUGCAUUGAGGAAAAUUAUGAAAAUGAUACAUCAUUGAUCUUCGAUUGUCAAGAAAGUGUUUUCAAAUGUAAUUUAAAACUUUGUAUUGAAGGUGCUGCAGCAGCGAGCAACCUGGAUUUGGUGCAACAUGGAAAAAUUUGGGAAAGCCAUUAUUGUGCAUGGCCUCAAGGCAUUGCAAUUUUUAGGUCUUCAGUGUUUGUUUGUGACAUUCUGAGAAAUCGUGUGGUUGAGUUGAAUAUUUCCAACGGACAAUUCAUAUCUGAGUUCACAGUCGACCGUGCUUUUUCUAUUGCAUUCGCAUCGAUUCCAUCAUAUUCAGCAUUAUACUGUACUGAUGAAACAAAAAAGUACAUGAUUGUUACCAAAAUUGAGAAAGCCAGUAGUAUUCAAAUAUUUAGUCAAUGCAAGGAUGAUCAAGGAGUCUGUUCAUGGACAAGCGUCAAACGUCUCGAGAUGGAUUCCGUUAAAAAUCCCAGUGGAAUUGUGUGUGACAACAAGCACAUUAUUGUGUCAGAAUGCGAUUAUAGAAAAAUUCAAGCCUUCUCAUUGGAAACUUUUGAAUUUAUUUGUUCGUUUGACCUUGGAGAUAUUCACACGAAUUCAUAUCCACAUGGAAUAUGCUUGAAUGAAUCAACUGGUGAGCUGUUUGUUUGUGGGGCUGAUUGUGGCUUUGAUUACUGUGAGGUUUUCUGA